CCAAAGUGCUGGGAUUACAGGCUCUUGGGAUCAUGGGCCUCAGGCCCUGAGGACACAGGCUCCCUGUGGCCAUGACGACGGGUGACUGCUGCCACCUUCCUGGCUCCCUGUGUGACUGCUCUGGCAGCCCUGCCUUCUCCAAGGUCCUGGAGGCCACGGGCCUCGGGCCACCCCAGUACGUGGCGCAGGUGACUUCGAGGGAUGGCCGGCUCCUUUCAACUGUCAUCCGGGCCUUGGAUACACCGAGUGAUGGUCCUUUCUGCCGGAUCUGCCAUGAGGGAGCGAAUGGGGAGAGCUUGCUGUCCCCGUGUGGCUGCACUGGCACACUGGGCGCCGUGCACAAGAGCUGUCUGGAGAGGUGGCUGUCUUCGUCCAACACCAGCUACUGUGAACUGUGCCACACGGAGUUUGCAGUGGAGAAGCGGCCCCGGCCCCUCACAGAGUGGCUGAAGGACCCCGGGCCGCGGACAGAGAAGCGGACGCUGUGCUGCGACAUGGUGUGCUUCCUGUUCAUCACGCCACUGGCCGCCAUCUCAGGCUGGCUGUGCCUGCGCGGGGCCCAGGACCACCUCCGGCUACACAGCCGGCUCGAAGCCGUGGGGCUCAUCGCCCUCACGAUCGCCCUCUUCACCAUCUACGUCCUCUGGACGCUGGUCUCCUUCCGCUACCAUUGCCAGCUGUACUCCGAGUGGAGGAGGACCAACCAGAAAGUACGCCUGAAGAUCCGGGGAGCAGACGGCUCCGAGGGGCGCCCGCACUCUCCAAUGGCAGCUGGACUCCUGAAGAAGGUGGCAGAGGAGACGCCAGUAUGAAGGCUGGGCCGCCAGGGCUCUGCCUCCGAGAGGCCAGAGGUAGCCGGCAUGCCCUGGCAUUCGGAAGGACGGAAGCUCCCUGAUGCUUCCCACACAGCCAGAUGCUUCUCAGGCCAAGGGAGUCAUGCGAAGCCUGUGACCCUGCGUGAAGAUAUUUUCCGUUUUUUUUUUUUGCACACUGUUGGACAUGACAAGGACAGAUGGACAUGGUCCUGAGCUUCACACAGAGCAGGCACCCUGAUCUCAUUCUGAGGUCCACUUGGCAUCUUCUGGGCUGGCCGCUGUGGCCAGGGUGUCAAGGGUGCCCUUUGGGCUGGAAGGUUCCAGCAAGCUUCUCGCGCUUCUCUGCACCUGGCAGGCUUGCUUUCCGGCACCCUCAACUUUGUAAAGUUGCACUGCGUUUCAAAAGCCCACCCCGAAUGAAUAAAAGGAGCUCUUGCUGGACAAAA